UCUGUUGACUGGGAAGCCCCUAGCGCGGAGCUGCCAACGCCCGACUUAAAGACACAAAUAGAGGAUACGAUCUUGAAUGAUUAGCAAAGACUGUAAAACACAGCUAUGCAGACCAUCAAGUGUGUUGUGGUUGGGGACGGUGCUGUGGGUAAAACCUGCCUGCUAAUUUCUUACACCACGAACAAGUUUCCCUCUGAAUAUGUACCUACGGUGUUUGAUAAUUAUGCUGUAACUGUAAUGAUUGGAGGAGAGCCCUACACUCUGGGAUUGUUUGAUACAGCAGGUCAGGAAGAUUACGACAGGUUGCGACCUCUGAGUUAUCCCCAGACAGACGUUUUCCUUGUCUGUUUCUCCGUCGUGUCCCCGUCCUCCUUUGAAAACGUCAAAGAAAAGUGGGUUCCGGAGAUUACCCACCACUGUCCAAAGACGCCCUUCCUUCUAGUCGGAACUCAGAUUGAUUUGCGGGAUGACCCUUCCACUAUAGAGAAACUGGCUAAGAACAAGCAAAAGCCCAUCACUCCGGAAACGGCUGAGAAGCUGGCGAGAGACCUCAAGGCUGUGAAAUAUGUGGAGUGCUCAGCCCUCACGCAGAAAGGCCUAAAGAAUGUGUUUGAUGAGGCGAUAUUGGCUGCAUUGGAGCCCCCAGAGCCCAAGAAGAAACGCAAAUGUGUGCUGCUAUGAGAGGCUCCUUUUCAAAGCGCGAACACACAUACACACACCUUAAACACAUACAACCCCUUCCCAACCCCCAUCCACCCACCCACCCGCUCCCCGAACCCCUUUCCCUUGCUCUGCUAAGGCUGAUUGACAGCAUUUUCGUCCACAGGGAAGACUAGAAAGAAACCAGCCUACCAAGUUUCAGAUAACUCUCUGCAAUAAUACGAAGCUUCACCCUUAAGUCUGAGUUUGGGACAGAAGAUGAACCUAACCUGGCCGACAGGCCGCUGUGGGCUCUGGGCAGGGCGACAUCGCCUCCGACGCGGAUCCAGAUACCGAGCUUACACAACGUAGAAAUCUUACUGUCAAGCUUCCAAUAGCUUGAUUUUAAUUCAGUGUUUGUUUAGUUAUCUUAAGCCAAUGUAAGGGUUUCAUGGAUAUAGGCCCCACCCCCCAGCCCCUCCCCGCCGCCUGAUUGGCGGCUGCUCGUGCUGCUGCUCCUGUCGCCUCUGUUGACGAGCACACUCAUUGCCGGACCCCCUGCGAUCUUUCUCGACACUACCACAUGAAAUGCUAACGGAGUAGUGUUGUUUUGUUUUUUGUUUGCCAACACCCCCUUCCUCCUCAAACUCACGACAAGUCUGAGAUAUUUAUUCCACGUUCCAAAUCGACGCGCUCUUUAACCACUAAGGACACUGUGUAGGUCUGACAGGGUUCAUUCAGUAACUCAGAGCAAUACAGCUGAAGCUCCACAGAGCUCAUUGAGGACGUUGAAUUGGUAAAUAUUGCCGUCUAGAAUCCACUUCAUGCAGACUUCCACAGUGCAGAGUAGCAGUCAGUUUGGAGCGUGGUGACCACUUGAAGAGCUAAAGGCAUCCGGUAGUAAUGGGUCUGCUUGUCGACCACAGGAACUGGCCUUUUAGAUACAGGGAACUUAAACAGUGUUAGCAGAACAAGCGGUGAGUUCUUCAUGCGUUGCCAGGGACCAAGGGAGGCUGAAGCAGGAUACGGUUUGAACUUUGUCAUCACCUUUGCUCUUAGAACGGGUACAGCAGACACAUCCACGUUCAACAGAUGCUUCUUGGCUGGAGUUUAAUUUCUAAACAACUGAUCAGUGAACUUUUAAUUUCCACCAGAUUUCUGUGCCAGGUCAGAAUUUGGUGCCUUCCUAUAGUGUGUUGCGUCCAGGCUGCAUGUCUGAGGUGUGCAGUCUGUUGUACCCGUUCAAACUGCGUGGUGCUGCGUGUAGCUGAGCCUUGGUCUCUGUUCUAAAUGAUAGGUUUAACAGAUGUAAUUAUAAUGUAAGCUGGCACACAAUGUUGAUGUAGGCUCCAGGUGUUUUUACCAAAAUCUUUUUUUUUUUUUCUUCAUUAUUUCUGUUUGUGCUGUUUUUUUUGUUUUGUUUUUUUUAAAUUUUAUAUAUAUAUAUAUAUAAAUAUAUAUAUAAAAAAAAGGUUACUUUCACUCCUUUUACAUUUAGGGGUCGGAACUCAUCUGAACUCUUACCUGCCAGUUUAUACCAAGUAAACCUCUGAUUGGUUUAGUUUAAAAAAAAUAAAAAAGAAUUAAAAAAAAGAAAGACCUCCAAUGGCAGAGAGACUGUUUAGUAAAGAUUAUUUGUGAUUGGUUGGUUCUUGUUUUCCUUUACUGGUGGCUUAGAGUUGGGUUGAUGUCCAGCCCGAGUCAGUAUAAUUAUUAUAACCUGUUGUUUUCUGUUUUUGUUUUGUUUUUUUUGGUGCAAACCAGAUGCUUUGUCUAAAGUCUUUGUUCUUUGUAUAUGCAUUCUUUUCAAAAAUAUUAAACUUAUACCUUAAUUGCCUUUA